CCCUCCUCCCUACCACGCUGAUGGCCGCAGAUGGCCUAACACUGGCAGGGCUACGAUUGGCCUGGCUUUGCUCCCGCCACGCCUUCUCUGCGCUGGGAUUGGCUCCGUGCAGAGCCCUACCCACCCGCAGACAGCCAUGGCGACCCAGCUCCGGUUCCGCUCCGCACUGGCCCUUGUCACAGGUGCGGGUAGCGGCAUCGGCCGAGCAGUCAGUGUGCGCUUGGCCCGAGAGGGGGCCGCCGUGGCCGUUUGCGACCUGGAUGGGGCAGCGGUACGCGAGACAGUGCGGCUGUUGGGCAGGCCAGGAAGCGAGAAGGGGGCGUCCUGUGGGGCCCACGCUGCCUUCCAGGCUGACGUGUCUGAGGCCGGGGCUGCCAGGCGCUUGCUGGAACAAGUGCAGGCCUGCUUUUCUCGCCCGCCUUCUGUCAUUGUGUCCUGUGCGGGAGUUACCAGGGAUGAGUUUCUGCUCCAUAUGUCCGAGGAUGACUGGGACAGAGUCAUAUCUGUCAACCUCAAGGGCGUCUUUCUAGUCACUCAAGCUGCAGCCCAAGCCCUGGUGUCCAGUGGUUGUCAUGGCUCCAUCGUCAACAUCAGUAGCAUCGCAGGCAAGGUGGGGAACAUGGGACAGGCAAACUAUGCAGCAUCCAAGGCUGGAGUGAUUGGGCUGACCCAGACUGUAGCCCGGGAGCUUGGACGACAUGGGAUCCGCUGUAACUCUGUCCUCCCAGGGUUCAUUACAACACCUAUGACACAGAAAGUGCCACAGAAAAUUCUGGACAAGGUGUUUAGAGCAAUUCCGAUGGGACGUUUCGGGGACCCUGAGGAUGUGGCAGAUGUGGUUGCAUUCUUGGCAUCUGAUGACAGUGGAUACAUCACAGGGGCCUCAGUAGAAGUCACUGGAGGUCUUUUCUUGUAACUGCCUCAAGGACCCUGGACUCUGCUCACUCCCCCACCACUCUUCCUGGCCUCCUGCUGAUGAGGACUCUGAGUUCCCAGGCUACAAAAGGGGUGGCAGUGUUUGGCUCAGGAAUGCUGAAUAUGGGAGGCUGGGGUGCUUGUGACCCUAAUAAAGUCCAAAUCCUCUUUC